CAAAUCGUUAAUAUAAAUUCUAAUUAAUCACUUCUCAUUCUUUAGCCUCCAAUAAUCUCCAAAGUCCAGGCCGUCGCUUUGGCACCAAGGGAGAGCGUAUAUCCUCAGUCACAGUUGAACUGAAACCCAAAACCCAGAAUAACACUCCGACCUCCAAUCGUAAUUUUCAGGGUAAAUUAGUCAAAGAGAUGGGGAAGGACGCGAAGGGAGGAGGAAAGGGGAAGGGAAAGGCGGCGGGCGGCAGCGAAGACGGUGGCGCCAAAGGAAAAGGUAAAUCCGGGAAGGCCGCGGACGGGCUCGGCACCUGCACUUAUGUGAAGGCAAGGCACAUACUUUGUGAGAAGCAAGGCAAAAUCAACGAAGCCUACAAGAAGCUGCAGGACGGCUGGCUCGAAAACGGCGACAAAGUCCCUCCGCCGGAGUUCGCGAAGCUAGCGGCGGAGUACUCCGAGUGCCCGUCGGGGAAGAAAGGCGGGGAUCUUGGGUGGUUCCCUCGCGGGAAGAUGGCAGGCCCUUUUCAGGAUGUUGCUUUCGCUACUCCAAUUGGGGCAACCAGUGCGCCUUUCAAAUCAACGCAUGGUUACCACAUUAUCUUGUGCGAAGGCAGAAAGAAUUAAGUAAAGACCUUUGAUUUUCUGAUGGAGCAGAUCUGGAGCUUUGGCCAUAUGUAUGAGUUUUCUAGUUAUUGCUGCUUUGAUGUUGUGGGCGUUAUGUUUAACGAGUGAUGAAUGCUUACUCUCUCUCUCUCUCUCUCUCUGUGAGCAUCUUUGUUUAAUAAUAUUGAUAUAUUUUUCAGUCAAGGCGAAUGAAGAAUUCCAGUUUAGUUA